AUAGCCGCAAUACAUCUGGAUCAUCCGCGGCGGCGAGCACGACCGGACACGGAUCGCAUCUCUCGGGCCUUCGAUCGGUCAGUAGGUGGCAUCGCCUCUUCGCCACCCCGUGCCUCGGCGACGACGACGACGACACCGAUAACGUGACGACGGGUCGGAUAGGGGCGCAUUAUCAGGCUUUGCAAGCGGCGUGUCAAUUCAAGGGCCGGCGGUAUGCGGUGCUCGGCCCUCUGCAUUCUGCUGCUGGCGAUUAGCGAACCUCUUUUUACUUAUGCAAAGGUAUUGGUAAUCGUGCCUCGACACGUAAGACGGAGUCCAGCAGUGCCAUGGCGACAAUCGGGUCAUUACAAAAAAUCUUACGGUGUGCCUUAUGGUCGCUAUAAAAAAAAACCAUUUCGGCUGCCACAAGGAGGCGAUGAUUUUGAUCAUGGUCCUGAACCUACGAAUCACGUGAAUGUACCGUACGGCAAAGACGUUCGUCACGCAAUAUCUUUUGGUAAAGGAUACAUCCCGUACGAUAACAUCAAGAAUUUGCCAUUUGUACAUGAGAGAUACGCCGGUGCUUACGGACGUCAACCGAAUUAUCCGCCAACCAGUUUCACAUCGGUAGGUCAGGAAUACGCGCCAUCGGCGACGAAUCCGCAGACAGACUCGUUCUUCUCGGACAUCUCGGAUAGCGAUGCCAGGAGCCUAAAAGACAGCAUCAACAAAUAUUACAGCACCCGCUCGAUCGAGAAAGACCUAAGCCUGAGAAAUCAGCAGGCCCUCAGUAGUCUUAUAGAGAAGACCAAGGAGACCCUGGCGAAGACCGAGGCUCUGUCCUCGGGCGCGUCUCCAGCCGCGUACGCCCACGCCGCCACCGCUCCCACUUCCGCUAUCAUCCCCUCCGCCAUCGCCGGGGUACAGGGGGCUGUGUUAGUGCCGGCAGGUAUACCGGCGGCGACUAUCGCCGGUAACAAAGAUGGUAUUGUGCUGCGGGACACCGUAUCCCUGGACGAGUAUCAGAAGAAACUGGAAGAGCUCACCAAGACCUGGCCGAGCAUGUUAUCCGCCGGCACCAACUUCGCCGGAGCGAUUUCUGCGCCCCAGCAGCUGCACGCUAACUUCCCGAUCACCGGUCUACCAGGUGCCAGCUUUGGCGCUCCGACCGCCGGUGGCAAUUGGAUCGCCAGCUUCGCCCAGCCCAAGCAGGGCUACGCUGUGCGCGAAGACCACGGGGAUUCCACGACCUACGACUUCAGAACGAUGACCGUACAAGGCACCCCGUACCAACAGUUGUCGUUCGGUCAUGGGGGUGCGUCGGUUGGCACGGGGAUCGUCCCGAGCGCUCAUGGGUAGACGAAGAAUACACGCAGGAGUGUUAAUGCCGCCCGGUUCGCACCGCGCACUCAGCCGUUACAUUUCUUUGUAAUAUUUAAGAAAUAUAUUUAUUUUUUUACUUACGUAACUUAUAAUAAUGUAGCUCUACUAUUUUACUUUGUAUUUAGAGAGCCAAAAGAAUCGGCGAACUUCAUGUCGUGAAGUCACUUUGUGAUGAAGACAAGCGCACUGGACGUCAUUGAUACUUCUGAUUACAUGUAAUUUUGAGAAAUUUAAAUUAAAUUUCUUCUAACGCAGACACGGCAAAAUAUAAUGUAUGCUCAUAUUUGCCACGAAAUGUAUAAAUAUGUGGAGGUCAUUUUCGCGCGCCUCUCUUGAGGCGUCGAUAUCCGAUUUAUAAUGAAAUUAUAUUUAGACUUUAGGAAGUUUCAAUUAUUCAUAUGUAUAUUCCGCAGAUAUUCCGCAGUGUGUGCGGUAACGACACAUACAUAAAUAUGUUAUGUGAUGUCAGAAUCUCAAUAGAGUAUUUCUAAUUUACAUAAAUCUUAUUUAGGAUCUCUUAUUGGUCUCUAUAUUUUGAUGAGUUAGAACACUAUCGUUAUCCGCUCUCUCAUGUAAGAACUUUUUUUAUUUACAUUAAUGCAAAAUUGACUGAUCAUACUUAUGAGUUACAGUUAUGUGGAUUGUCCAAGAGAAAUUCCUGCCCUGAAGGUGUCAAAUAUUAUUGUAGGAUUAUUUUACACUUAUAUUACAUUUUCAUUUUUGAGAGAAGAGAAAGAGAAAAAGAGAUAAAAAGGGGGAGAGAAAGAAAGGUUCUUUUU